AUGGAUAUUAGCGGUGCUAACAGACAGCCAGAGAACGUUAUGAGCGGCAUGUUUGAAGGGAGUACAAGGACAGCAUCCUAUCCUGAUCUCAAUAGACAAAUUUCUACCAGCACUACUUCGAGGCCUCACCCAUUAAAUGUGAAACCUGGGGGAAAUCAACUUUUAGGAGACCCAGAGCCUUCCUCAGGCAAAGCUACUAAAUCGCAGCUUUUGGGGUAUUUGGAUAUACUACCUGAAAGUUUACUUCUAGAGCUAUUGAGCUACGUUGAAAGUGCCGAUACCCUUCGAAGUCUAGCACAUACCUCAAGAAUAAUGUAUGCUUAUUUAUAUGACGAGGAAAUAUGGCGUAGGCUCUAUUUCCGCCAGAGUUCUGUAUCUAACGGUAACUUAGAAUUGAAAUGGCGUGGGAGUUGGAGGAAAACAUUGCUCCAAAUAAAUACUGAAGCACUUGUUACUGUGCAUCGAAAUCAACUCUGUUCGGAUGUUAUCUACCGUCCAUUCCAGUGUUCUCAGAUUGACUAUGAACGUCUAUUUCACAAAAUUAUUGUGGAAGAAGAAAAAUACCAUAAAGAUGCUCUUGAAGGUGUGCUUGGUAUUCUUCCAGAAGGCAGAAUACAACGAUUUCAGGAAAAUGAAAUGCAUAUUGAAAGAUUCCGCAAUCAAUGGACAAAUAAACCAUUCAUUCUUGUCAACAAUGAUGCUAACAGAUGGCCACAAUGGGAUUUAGAUACAUUAGCUGAAAGAUUUUCUGAUGUUAAGUUUAGGCAAGAACUGGCUCAAUGGGACCUUUCACAUUAUGUUCAAUACGCUCGUACAAAUAAAGAUGAACUGCCACUAUAUCUAUUUGACUGCAGCAGUGACGCUAUGAAGGAGCUUAGAAAGGAAUACAAAGCCCCUGCAAUCUUUCAAGAGGAUUUGUUCAAAGUAUGGGAACAAGAGGGAAAACCUUGUUGUAGACCAGAUUAUGCAUGGAUUAUUAUGGGACCAGCUCGAACAGGGUCAACGUUUCAUAAGGAUCCCAACUAUACAAGUGCUUGGAAUACCGCAUUAGUCGGUAGAAAGAUUUGGAUAAUGUUUCCUCCAGAUAUUUUACCUCCAGGAGUUGGUAUUGAUGGUGAAGAAAGUGAAGUUACAGCACCAGUGGGUAUUGCAGAAUGGGUGAUUUCAGGUUUUUUCAACGAUAGUUUAAAAGUCCCAGGAUGUCAAGUUGCAGUAACAUUUCCGGGGGAAUGCAUGUAUGUUCCCAGUGGAUGGUGGCACAGUGUGAUCAAUAUUGAUGAGUCUGUAGCCUUGACUCAAAACUUUGUUCCUCAGCAAUUACUAGCCAAUGGUUUAUUCUUCUUGAAGAAUAAAAGAGAACAGAUUAGUGGGUUUUAUCCAGCCAAAGUAUGCGAAGCCAUUGGUGAUUUUCUCCAAAACCAAAGAAGUGAUGAGAAUGAAGAUGAAGAUAUGGACAAAAUAAGAAACUACCUUAUUCAGUUUGAAAAGUUAGAUGAAGCUUUGAAACAAGAGGAUUGCGGCGAGAUUACAGAAGACAAACUUACAGCCAUGCCAAUCUUCGAGCUAUACAAGAAGUUUCUCAUAGCAAGUGGACAUGGACUGGAAUUAACAAAGGCAUUGCAGAAACUUCAAGUUCUAGAAGAGAAUGAGAGGGCUAAAAGACUUCAAAAUAUGCCACCAAAACACAGUGAUAAAUGGGAGAAGUUAACUGAGCUGACAUGUUUUACAUUCAACUUUGAUAACAGUGAUUCUGAUGAGGAUUAA